AUGGCAGAUCCCACCGGGCUGAGCCCUGAAGGGGCGGGGGCAGGCAUAGCUGAGGUCGACGUCUGUAGCUUGGAUAUAGAGAGGAACUAUGAUGUCAUCCCUGCCGUCAUCUGCUCCAUGUGUUGCCUGUUUGGAAUCAUCUACUGCUUCUUUGGUUACCGCUGUUUCAAGGCUGUCAUGUUCCUGUCCGGCCUGAUGUUUGGCUCGGUCAUCAUUUUCUUGCUGUGCCACAAAGAGCACGUGCUGGACACCCAGCUGAGCGUAGAGGCAAGUGCUGGUAUCGGCCUCGGCAUCGGCCUGCUGUGCGGCCUGGUCACGAUGCUGGUGCGAAGUGUUGGCCUCUUCAUGACUGGCCUGCUACUGGGUCUCCUCCUGGCCCUCGCCGCUCUGCUGGUCACCCACCAGUUCUACACCCCGACCACAGUCUGGGUACCGCUGGGUUCUCUCCUAGGAGCAGGCAUGCUGUUUGCCGUGCUGACGCUGCAGUGGCAAAAGCUCUUCACCAUGCUUUCCACAGCCGUGUUCGGGGCAGCGAUCAUGACAGUGUGUGCUGAUUAUUUUGUGGAGAUGUUGGCACUGGGCACACACGUGUAUGAAUGCCUGCGGCUCACGCCCGGACCACCUCUCUGCUGGUACAGCUGGGUCAUUAUGGGCAUCUGGCCCGCCCUCAGCCUCAUAGGAGUACUGGUCCAGUGGAAACUGACGGAUGACAGCUUCUCACACACUGAGGUUGUAAUCAGUCGGCGGCAGAAGAGAGUCCAGCUGAUGCGGAUUCGGGAAAAGGACGCCAAGAAGCGACAGCAGGCAGGUGGGCAGGAAGGCACUUACCGUCGUAAACCCACCCCAGUGAAACGUUACGCUGGGGAUCUACUGGCACCGAGUUACCUGCAAAGUCUUCGGGACAGACAAAUGGGCACAGGCACUUCCCUUAGCAGCCUGGGCACUGCCAACCACACCAUGAUCGACUUUGAGUACGACACCGGCUCCACUGUGCCCCUCACCGCUACAACCCCCGUCGUCAGGGUGUGA